AUGCGCAAAUCUAAUAACUCAUUAGUCGAAAUCGCAAGGGACCUCACGAACAAGUCAAAUGUACCGCUAACUAUUCAGCACUACCUUUCUAGUAUGGCUGGUCUCACUGACCAGUUCAACGCCACAAACUACAAGGACCCUAGUCGUCAGCGCAUGUAUCUGAAGGAUAUUGAUUGCCCUCCAGUCUGGCAUGAGAAAUUACGAUCGCUUCUUCCACCAUUUCUUUAUUAUAUGAAUGAGUCUGUGGCAGAUAAAGAGGGAGAUGCGGCCCCUGCUGGUGACCUGAUGAGCAGCCUUCCCGAAGAAAUGAGGGCAAUGAACAUGAUGUGCUAUAUCGGCCAUGAGGGCACCUACACUCCAGCUCACAGAGAGAUGUGUGCUACUCUUGGGCAUAAUAUCAUGGUCGAAGCUUCGACCGGGGGAUUGGAAGACGGAAAACCGACAAAACCUGGAUCUUCAAUCUGGUUCAUGACUGAAAAGAAAGAUCUUAAGGUUGUCUCAGAGUAUUGGCUAUCGACAUUAGGACACGAUAUCGAAAUUGAGGACCACUUUGCGCAAAUAAAUGCCUGGAAGUCUGCGCCAUUUAAAACCUGGGUCGUGGAACAGAAAGUUGGUGAUUUUAUUCUAAUCCCUCCUCUUGCUCCUCAUCAGGUGUGGAAUAGAGGCACUCGCACGAUGAAAGUUGCAUGGAACAGGACGACUGCUGAAACGCUUGAUCUUGCUUUGACUGAAGCGCUACCCCGGGCUAGAAUGGUCUGCAGAGACGAACAAUACAAGAACAAAGCCAUCAUUUACUUCUCCCUUAAGAAAUAUUCGACUCUCCUUGAAAAAGCAACUACACGUGAUGAAUUAAGAUAUCGCAGCCUAAAGUCCGAUUUCAAACGCCUGUUUGCGUUAUUCACUCAGAUUCUUCUAUCUGAGAGUUUUUCUACUCGAAUACCGGAGCCCAAAAACGUUGAAUUAGUUCCGUUCUCAAGCAAUAUCACUUGUUCAUAUUGUCGAUGCAAUAUCUUCAACAGGUUUCUUACCUGCCCCUCGUGCAUUGGUAAGUUUCCAGACGGGGAAGAUGACACCUAUGACGUUUGUAUGGACUGCUUUGUGAUGGGUCGAAGUUGUGCCUGCAUAUCUAAGCUGAGGUGGGUGGAGCAAUUUCGUUGGAAAGACCUCGCCCGGGAUCAUGAACGCUGGCGAAACCAGAUUACCAAGAUCUCUUCAGGAAGAAGUCGAAAGGAUAAGGAUAAUUUUCAACCCCUUUCAGUUGAGCAAGAGAAAUAUGAAAAGAAGACGCUGGCAGAAAUAUGCCAGGUGGAAUUGAAACGCCGGCCGUGGACCGACGUCACAAAGCCGGUCAAAGAUGAUGUUGACGAUGACGAUGAGAACCACAGGGAAUCUACUCGAAAACGCCGAAAAAUAACCAAAGCUGACAAACAUAAAUAUAGUCGAUGUCACAUCUGUGGACCGACAUUAAAUUGGAAGCUCGAGACAUGUUCUCAAUGCAACCUGCAAUGGUGUUACGGCAGUUUAUACAGAGCAUUUGAUAUCAUGCCAAUGGCAGUGCUGGAGGUACGGAGUUGGAAAUGCCCAAGAUGUGAAAGGAUAUGCCCAUGUGCGAAUUGCAAGCGCCGCGACCCAACAAUUCAAGGAUAUGUACCAACCGAGACCCGAAUCGGCCAUGAUACCAAAAAGAUUGCUGAUGUCAGAAGUGUAGAGUCUCUGGUGGAUUUUAGUCAUUCAAACCUAUUUUGGCUUAAGAAAUCAGGCGAGCAUCCUGAAACAUCACAGGAUAGCCGAAGAAUGCAGUUGAGAAUAGAAGAAGCAGAGAAGGCUAAAUUGGUUGUGCCUGUUUUAUAUGAUCACGACUCUGACGACAGUGAAAUAAGAAAGGGGGGGGGCCAAAAUGAUAACCCUACCUUUGACGAGAGUCUUAUAGACCCCGCCCUUAUGGACAGGGGUCAUCAAACGAGUUUUGUUGUCCCGCAAAACGCUAUUUUCCGAGACGACAUGGCUGACCGUUACCAGCCCACGGAAGGUAUCACAUUUGAAUACCCAGAGCCAGAACAGCCAGCAGAACAGAAUAAAGCUGAGGAAAUUGUCGUGGACCCAAACCUCUUCCAGACUAACGAACAGGCUCUAGAGGAAGUUAAUGGGGGCGAACCGGAUGAAGAUGAACCUGAAGAUCUACCUGUAGACCCAAGGCUGGACGAUGGUGUUGGCAAUAGGCGAAAACGGGGAAUUGAAAUCGACGAUGAUUUUACUCUUUCUCGACGAUCAAUCUCCCGUAUUAACACGUCUGGAGCUAGGAAGGUUGCAACAAGACGAAGUCAGCUGAACUCCAUGCAGUCGGAUGAUCUUGGGGGAUCUGGCAGUGACCAAAGUGAAGGCGAAGAUGGGGCGGAAGAACAAACUUCGCAGGCUAUGUUACGCCCUCGAACUUCGAGGCCUGCUAAGAAGACUGUUAAAAAGUCGGUGGCAACCAAAGCUUCAAAGUCCAAAUCUGUGAUAUUCGCCAAGAAAGCUAGCGAAGUAGGUGAAACUAAAGAGACAGAUGAAUCAGUUCCUACCGCACAAUUGCAAAACAAGUCCCCGCUGGAGCCAAGGUCGGAGGUGAAUGGCACUGCUAAACAGGCUGCGCAAAACAAAACUGCCAAAUUACAGGCAAUGGGUUGGGUAGAAGAUGAUGAUAACGAUGGAUGGGCCUAA